AUGGAUCAACCAUCGGCCGAAAAGCGUAGUGAGCGGGUUGUAUUGGCAUGUGUUCAAUGCCGCAACAGACACGUCAAGUGCGAUGCCGAGCAGCCUCAAAAUCGUGUGACAUUCCAGAUCGACAACGAUCGCCUUCUAGAACUGUUUUUCGAAAACUUCUGGUCUUCGUUUCCGAUCGUUUUGCCAUACCCUUAUCUACAAACCAGGCGCCUGAAAGCGAAUCAUGGCAUGCCAGUCCUAUUGCUCGUCUUGCAAUGGAUCGGCUCAUUGUACGCGCCCUGGGUGCCAUCAGAGCCUUAUCGUGAAGCAGCUCUCAAGGCAGUUGCUUCACCCACGCUUGAACGUACGCCAUUCAACGUCCAAUCACUGAUGUUGUUUGCACUCGCAGAAUUUUACUGCGAUCGCAAGAGCCAGGCUCGCAAGAGGUUAGAAACAGCUGUCACACUUGCCUUGGAGCUUUCCAUGAACGAAAGGGACUUUGCCCACGCGUAUGGUGAAGGUGACGCUGUGCUAGAGGAGUCAUGGAGGAGAACCUAUUACCUGCUCUAUUGUGUGGACCAGCACUUUGCCGUGGUUACCAACACCCCCUUCCAUGUAUUGCUGGCAGUGCCAAGCAACGUUGACUUGCCUUGUGAUGACGAGUACUACCAACGUGGGCAAAUCCCUCCCGUGUCAACAUGGGCCGAGUACCAGCUCCGCGAGUUCACAGAGAUUGAGGUAGUAUAUUCUUCAAUCACUUACUUAUAUGAUGCUGCCAUGAUUGUCGCAUUCAUCAUGAGCACAUUUAUCCAUACUGCUGUGAUAAACGAAGCUCUUGUUGAGAGUUGCGAUGUCAAGCUUGCUAUCUGGAUGUCUUUACUGCCAUCCUGUAAGAAGGACCCAGUUCGUAUGAACGGUGAAGUGGACGAGAUCAUGUUCAUGGCGCAUAUGGUUAUUGCUAUCAUAAUGUCUACAGUUCACCGGCCUUUCUCGUCACUAGGCUACUGCCCAGGAGAAAUGUCUACACGAGGCUUCAUAGCGCCCUCGCCCUUCACCCUCGUGCCGAAAGCUGGGCGGAACUCACACACUGCACGCGUAUUGAAAGCCACAGAGAUUGCAACGAGGCUUCUCGCAAUUCCUUGUGCACUUGAAAAACAUAACAUUUUCACUGCGUAUAUGACCGCACAGAUGGCUGCCGUACAGAUAGCUGCGUGUAUAUACCUGCUUGACGGACAUGCCCUUUCCAUAGCACGCGACCGCGUUAGCCUCAGCAUUGGCUUUCUGAAAACUAUGGGGUCCACCUGGCCUCUCGGAAAGGUAAUGGCAAUGGAAGUUCAAGCCAUUGCGCGCCUGAGUUUCUCUGGUACGAGCACCCAGCAUACCGGAUCUAAGGGGGUGGAACCUGUGGCUGCGGAAAUCGAACUACCACGCGAUGAGGUGGUAUCUCCUAUUGAUCCUUCGGCUCAGAUUGACAUUUACGCUGGUCUCACGCUUCCUGUAGAUUUCAGCACGACACCUUUUGGCUAUCCAAAUUGUUGGAGUUAA